AGAUUUUCGACAACGCAGCAAUUUCCAAAAAAAAACCGUCGAAAAAAAGUCACCAUGACGACGAAGCAAUGUUUAGAAUUGAAUUUACAUAAAUAAAAGGUUGCAAGCACGUGUUUUGUAUUUACAUAGGGUUACACAGAAUUACUUAAGGUAAAUUCAAAACUGAUGCAUGUGUAUAAUUUUGUCCUAUAAUUAAAUUAUAUAUGGUCACCACAUUAGACAAGGACACCGCGACCAAAAAGUAUUCUCUUUCGAGACCGAUUUCUCGGCAUUAGACAGCACUCCAGUUGUAGGUACUUAUUAACUCCAUGAUUUGUACCAAUAGUCCAAUAGUAGGUGCCCACAGUACUGCCCAGGCAUUUGAGGCAUUAAAUCUUAUCUGGUUGUUUAUAAUACGAGAUGACAAUAAAGAUUUAAAAAAUAAUAUAAAAAAGAAAUGGCUAACUCAGUACUAUUAAAGUUUUCCGCCUUAAGGUUAACCCCUGCAUUGAUGUGCAAUCAGCAAUCUCGCACAACCACAACGAAACAUCAUAACCCGAAGUUUAAAAAGGAACGUGCUCAGAAAUUCCUUAAGAUAGACCUUCCAGAUUUUAAUGAAGACCACACGUCUUAUCCACCACAUAAACUGCGGCAGAAGAUGAAGGAGAAGGGUGUUUUGCCACCAAGACCGUGGAUGGAGCGUCCAUUCUAUAUAUCUGCUACAGGUGGAGUCUUUGAAGCAUAUGUCCCACCAGAAGGCGACGGUAAAGCCUCUAUAGUAUCAACUUCACGUGCCAAACAAACAGUAGAGCUUUUAGAAAAGAAAUCAAAAUCAAUGAUGGCAAUACGUAAGAUUAAAUCGUUUGAUGAAGAUUAUGACUCCAAAAAAUUCAUCUCACAUGCUCAGGAUAUUUACAUAAAAGCUCACGAAAGCUUGGUGAAUAACGAUAAGAGAGCAUUGAGAUUAUAUGUAACAGAGAAAGCUUAUUCUGAGUUUAGACACAACAGUCACUUGAAGACAAUCAGAUGGAAGUUCCUUGAGUCAUUGGAACCUCCGAGGGUGGUACAUGCGCGAUGCACAGAUGUUAUCAGUAAAGAGAACAUAUUUGGGCAGGUGACGGUCCGGUUCCACACGCGCCAGCAGCUGGCCGUGUACGAUCGCUUCGGCCGCCUUAUCCACGGCAGCGAGAUCCUGGCCAAAGACGUCCUGGAGUACAUAGUCUUCGAGAAGCACCUCUCCAACCUGUACGGCACUUGGAGAGUGCACGAAAAGAUCAUCCCGGACUGGGCGCCGCCUAAGGAGCCCUCGAAGCUGACGAGGGUCAUGCCCGACCCGGAGCCCGAAGGCCCGCCGCCCGAUACAGUAGCAGAAGCGCCCGAGCCGCCGGCCAUUGAAGCGAAGUAGUUGUAAAUAAACGUAUUUAGCUAGUC